AUGGAGCCCAAUCCUCUCCAAAGAGACCCUUCUGUGAACGAGGACAAGCCCGCCGUGGCGCACGCCUCACCAGCCGAUCCGCCCAACCCCCUGAUGCAUCCCCAGCAGCAGCAGCAGCAGCAGCAGCAGCAGCAGCAGCAGUACCCCAGCUACGGCGCCGGCCCGUCCCAGCAGCGUCCAAGCCUGGACCCGGCCGGCUACGCCCAACGACACCGGCCCAGCUCGUCCUCUGGCAACACGACGCAGUUCGAGUACGGCCACAACCCCAAUGCCCACGUCCACCGCCACGCGGCGGACGGGCGCCUGCCCGCCUUUGGCGGCGAGUUCCAGCCGGGCCUGUUCCGGGCCGUCGACGACCGCCGCUUCGGCAACCCGGCGCCCCUGGGCCUGUCGGCGUUCGCGCUGACCACCUUUGUGCUCUCGGCCGUGCACCUGGGCGCCAGGGGGCUGAGCGCGCCCGACAUCGUGGUGCCGCUCGCGCUCGGCUACGGCGGGCUCGUGCAGCUGCUGGCGGGCAUGUGGGAGAUGGCGGUCGGCAACACCUUUGGCGCCACGGCGCUGUCGUCGUACGGCGGCUUCUGGAUCGCCUACGGCGUCAUGCUGACGCCGGCCUGGAACACGUACGCCCUCGGCGCAGGCAGCGCCGGCCUCGGCCGCUCGCUCGAGAGGGCCGGCGGGGCGUUUGGCAUGCUGGCGGCGUUCCUAGCGUGGUACAACGCGUUUGCUGGUAUUGCGGACCACAGCAACUCGCUCUUCCUCAUCCCCGUCUUCCACUUCCCCUGGUCCGAAAAGGGUCGGAGCGCGAGGGCGGCGCACGCUGCGGCGCACAAGACGGAUCGGGAAAACGCAUGA